AAAGCUCUUUGGGCGUAAUCAGUCGUGUGUAAUCGAGAGCCGGGUGAUAAAAAAAAAGAAAAAGAGGGUCCAAACUUCUCCAAAAGCCGCUUCGCACUACAAUUUUAGAAAUAACUUAGAGUGGUAGGAAAGCUUUAACAGAUUUUCCACAGAGUGUACAAAUAUGUGACCCGUCUCUAAACUACGUGGAGUCGAGUUUCGCCUCGCUGGAGAAAAAGAUUUACUUGAGACAGUAAGUUUUCCUGCUGGUCAUCUGAUCGACAAGCGGAAAGAGGACAAACAAUGGCAGAGACCAACAACAGAGCCAGUUAGCUGCAGUGAGAAUCAAGCCACAGGUCCCCAAGGUGUAAGAGGCAAUCACCAUGGCAACGCAGUUUACAAUAGACGAUGCCUUUGCACUGGAGGGAGAUGAGGAGGGAGCUGUGUCCGAUGGAGAGAGGGAGGGAUGGAAGGACAGAGAAGGAGGAGGAGAGAUGACAUUUGGUCCUCUGACUUUCUCUAAACCUCAGAGUCAUCCUUGUCCAGCCGCCACCAGCUCCCCUGAACACAGUAACCUAAAAUAUCAGAAUCUGGAAAAUGAAGACGCCCUGGGGAGCAGCGGCAAUUCCUCUUUCAACAACUUCUUCAAAAUAAGUGACCCUGCGACUCUGUCUUACUGCAGCUCCCAGUGGUCCUUCAGCACCUUGAGUUCUGUCACGCAGCUUUCUGCACACUGCUGCGGGUGGAUGUCUCAUCCGCUGGUGAAGAAAAACAGAAGAGUUGUUCUUGCUUCAUUCCUUCUCCUCAUCACUGGAGUUGCUCUUAUUUUCACAGGUGUUGUCAUACAGCUGAACCCAAAUGCAGGUGUUUCAAGUGCCAUUUUCUUUGUCCCUGGAUUUCUUCUCUUCAUCCCUGGAGUGUACCAUGUGAUAUACAUCAGCUGUGCUGUCCGAGGUCGAAGAGGCUUCAAAUUGUUCUACCUACCUUAUUUUGAAAAAUGACAUUUCAUGAGACACUACUUUUUCACUACAUUUCAGUGUUUGCUUUCUUAAAAUGAAUUGUAUUUUGUCACGUGUAACAAAAAAAUAUUGUCACAUGGUUGUUAUUUCUUGUCAUUGUAAUGACCACUGCUACUUCAACCACUCAGUGCCUUGACUAUGUUUCCACUACAUGAACUGAUGUUGCUGUAUGUGCACACAAAAAAGGAGAUUGGUCUUGCCUGUGUUUUCCAUGUUGUGUGAAUAAUGACUGUGAAAUUACAAUAAAAUGUUUGUAUAUUUUA